CUGCUCUGUUCCCCUCCUCUCCCUCUCUCCCUCUCCCUCUCCCUCUCCUCUCCUCGCCAUUUUUUACCUCUCUCUCACCAUAGGAGGAGGAGAGGAGAAACAGAGGCCAUUAAAGGAGGAGGAGAGGAGGGUUUCUCCGUAAAGGAGUGGUGGAGAAAAAGGUAGGCAACAAAGCCUCAGAGCAUAAAGAAUAGAACCCUUUUCCCUCUUCCUCCUCACUCCACCCCCUGUUUUCCCCCUUUCCCCCCCCCCAUUUAAUCCCCCGCACUACACCUCUCCACGCACUUUUCUACUCAAAUGGGAGCGACCCAGUAGUUUUCUCGGCCCAAUCUCGGCAAUGGCGAUCGACCCGUGCGGCGCCGAGGUCCCCCAGUGGCUCAAAACCCUACCUUUGGCCCCUGAGUACCACCCAACCCUAGCAGAGUUCCAGGACCCCAUCGCCUACAUCUUCAAGAUCGAGAGGGAGGCGUCGCAAUACGGCAUCUGCAAGAUCGUGCCGCCGCUCCCCGCUCCCCCCAAGAAGACCACCAUGGCCAAUCUGAACCGCUCCUUCGCCAGCCGGAAUUGCAGCGGGAGCGGCUCCUCCGGCGGCGACAGGAAGGGCCCCACCUUCACCACCCGGCAGCAGCAGGUCGGCUUCUGCCCCCGCCGCCAGCGCCCCGUGCAGCGGCCCGUCUGGCAGAGCGGCGCGCACUACACGUUCCAGGAGUUCGAGGCGAAGGCCAAGCAGUUCGAGCGCGCCCAGCUGAAGAAAUCCAGUAGAAAGCCGCUCUCGCCGCUCGACGUCGAGGCCCUCUUCUGGAAGGCCUGUGCGGAUAAGCCCUUCUCGGUGGAGUACGCCAAUGACAUGCCCGGGUCCGGAUUUGCCCCCCUAGAGAGCGCGGGCGGGAAGAAGAAGCUUCUGGCUCGGCGGGAGGAGGAGGCCGGCAAUGUAGGCGAGUCGGCGUGGAAUAUGAGGGGGGUGUCGCGGGCGAAGGGGUCGCUGCUGCGGUUCAUGAAGGAGGAGAUACCGGGGGUGACCUCGCCGAUGGUUUAUGUGGCCAUGAUGUUCAGUUGGUUCGCGUGGCAUGUGGAGGAUCAUGACCUGCACAGCUUGAAUUACCUGCAUAUGGGAGCGGGUAAGACGUGGUACGGAGUGCCGCGAGACGCUAGAUUGGCAUUCGAAGAGGUGAUUCGCGUGCAUGGGUAUGGAGAGGAGGUGAAUCCUCUUGUGACUUUUACUAUGUUGGGUGAAAAGACCACUGUCAUGUCUCCGGAAGUUCUUAUUGGUGCAGGAAUCCCAUGCUGCAGAUUGGUUCAAAAUGCUGGAGAGUUUGUUGUUACUUUCCCUGGAUCUUAUCAUUCUGGCUUCAGCCAUGGUUUUAAUUGCGGGGAGGCAGCAAAUAUAGCAACCCCUGAGUGGUUAAGAGUAGCUAAAGAUGCUGCAGUUAGAAGGGCUUCUACAAACUGUCCUCCAAUGGUGUCUCACUAUCAGCUGCUUUAUGCGCUUGCACUAUCAUUUUGCUUAGGGGUUCCGACAAGUUGCGGUUCUGAGCCACGAAGCUCUAGAUUAAAAGGUAAGAUGAGAAGCGAAGGAGAAAUGCUGGUCAAAGAAAUUUUUGUCGAAACUGUAAGAAAAAAUAAUGAACUCCUCAAUAUUCUUCUGGGUGAAGAAUCGUGUAUAGUUCUUCCACAGCAGACUGCUUCUACAAGAACUCAACUGAAGAUAAAACCAAGAUCUUCAAUUGGUUUCCAAAGAUAUGAACAGGCAAUGGAAGAAAAAUGUGCAGAGAGGGAAGAAUUCAAUGGCUUUUGUUCAGCGAGAGAAAGUUCUACCUCUGUAUCUCUAGAAAUGAAGCCUUAUUCAGUAAAAUGCAGCAAAUUUGGAGCUGAAUCACAAAAUUUAGUGAGUAAAAAUGAUGGUGCACUACAAGGUGAUGGGCUAUUGGAUCAGGGACUAUUAUCAUGCGUUACAUGUGGAAUAUUGAGCUUUGCAUGUGUGGCUGUUGUUCAACCGAGAGAAGCUGCAGUGAGAUAUCUCAUGUCUAGUGAUUGUGGCUUUUUGAAUGAUCAAAGUGCUGGCUCUGGAGGAACCAGUGAAGUUGAUAAUAUCUCAAAGUGGCGAUCACUUGAUUACCAUAUGGUUUCUGGUUCAGGAAAAGCACCAACAACCGCUGAUCAUUUGGUUUCUACCAGAUGUUCAGUUAAAGUUUCAGAUGAUUGCAAACAGAUUUACUCAAAGACAGCUCGUAAAGGUGUUUCUGCUCUAGAUCUGUUGGCUUCUGCUUAUGGGGCAUCUGACUCCGACGAGGAAUCACCUAAUGAGAUGAUUCUUAGUACUGAUGAGAAUGAUUUGAAGUGCUCUUCCGUAAGUAAUCACCAGUUUAGUAGUGCAUCGGAAGAUCUCAAUAUAGAAGAUAGCACAAAUGGAGAUAGUGAAAAUGAAGCAUCUGCUGUAGGGGCUCAUUUGAAAAAUGAAAGCCCUGUAAAGGAGUCACCCAUGCUAGACAUGCUUAAAUAUGAUAGAGAUUCUUCUCGGAUGCAUGUGUUUUGUCUUGAACAUGCUUUGGAGGUGGAAAAACAACUACAACAGAUUGGAGGUGCGAAUAUUAUUCUUCUCUGUCAUCCAGAGUACCCCAAAUUUGAGAAAGAGGCAAAACUUUUAGCAGAAGAGAUUGGAGUCGAUCAUCAAUGGAACAAAAUUAGCUUUAGGAAGGCAACCGAAGAAGACGAAGAAAGAAUUAAAUUGGUGUUGGAGGACGAGGAAGCCAUACCCAUGAACAGUGACUGGACGGUAAAGAUGGGUAUCAAUCUCUACUACAGUUCCAACCAAAGCAAGUCUCCAAUUUAUAGCAAGCAACUGCCAUAUAAUGCCAUUAUAUACAGGGCAUUUGGUCGAGACUCUCCGAACAGCUCUCCCCGCGAAGUGGUUUCGACACAGGACAGAUCGGGCAGGCAGAAGAAAAUAGUGGUUGCUGGGAGGUGGUGCGGUAAAGUUUGGAUGUCAAACCAAGUUCAUCCAUAUUUAGCUCGUGUAAAUGAGGAUAAAGAAGAUUACGAGCGUGAAGAUAGAGUAUACCAAUCUUCUUUUAAAGGGAAGGUCAAUAUGGAACAUAGCAAACGAGUAGAUUUGUCGAGAGAAACUGUGGUAUUGAAUACCCCGCCCGCUAGAAAAUCAAGUAGAAAGAGGAAAAAAUCCACGGAGAAGUCUAGAACCAAGAAACAGAAGCGUGCGAAACUGUGUAAAUCUGAAAAUACUGAAGAUGUGGCUGAAAUUUCCCCACCACUGUCCAGUAGGGUUCUUCGCAGCAGUGCUGACAAGCACGCAUCAACUUCUAAACGAAAUGAGAAACAGAGUCUGGGUGAAAUGAAACUGAAAGAUGAGCCUAAAGAAGAAUUAAUCACGCGUUCUAGAAGGCGGCAUACGAAACUGGAAGGUGUGAAAAUCAAGUCAAAGACUCAGAAGAAAACGAGCAAUAAGAGAGCAAGAAAGAAAGACCAAACUAAAGAUUCUUCUUCUAAAGAAGAGGAGGGCGAGUUUCCAUGUGAUAUGGAAGGGUGUUCCAUGAGUUUCAAUACUAAGCAUGACCUGGCACUGCACAAGCGCAACAUAUGCCCGCACAAAGGGUGCGGGAAGAAGUUCUUUUCCCACAAGUAUUUACUUCAGCACCGCAAGGUUCACAUGGAUGACCGCCCUCUCAAGUGCCCCUGGAAAGGGUGUAAAAUGACUUUUAAAUGGCCAUGGGCACGGACGGAGCAUAUUAGGGUUCAUACAGGAGCCCGGCCUUACGUCUGCAAGGAGGCAGGUUGUGGUCAGACCUUUCGGUUUGUAUCGGAUUUCAGUCGUCACAAGAGGAAGACAGGGCAUUCGUCGAAGAAAGGCCGUAAAUAGCUCUGCUAACCUUCAUGCACUAAUAUUGUUUUAUUAUGGUACUAACGUGAGAAAAAGGGUAGAGCCAUUAUUUUAAGUCCUUGGGCGCUGCGCCAUUUAUAGGCGAAUUACGGUAGGUUAGGAGUCCUUUUUAAGCUUCUUCAAUUGUUUCCAACCAACUAUUGAUUGACUGAGAUCCAUUAAUUUUAACAUCAUUUUCUUCGCCAGAAGACCAAUCAUUUUGAUGUGAUGAUGAGCGCUGAACCAACUGCAAGGAGGAACCUCCUUUUUUCAAUUAAUGUUGCAAUGAAUUUGGCAACAAGUUGUAACAAUUGUGAAUCCUCUGAUGUAUGGUGAUACCUUCUUUUAUAAAUUUAAGCAAGAAACACUCUGGAGGUUAUCUGAACUA